AUGCAGGCAGCCCCCCAACCGUAUCUCACGAAGCUACCUAACGAGAUACUGUCCGACAUUGCAGAAUGCGUCAAGGAAAUCAGUCUACGUGAAGAGGGUGAUUACAACCCGCUGAAAACAAAACUAAGCAGAUUUAACUUCGAGGCUGAUGUGAAGGCACGACAAGCAACCACCGCUCUCGACCAAUGCUGCCUUGUCUCGAAGCGGUUCCACGACAUAUUUCGACCCUUUCUCUUUAGCUACGUGAACGUCAGUUGCUGCGUCUCUGGCUCGGGGGGUAGUACCAAGUUCGUCUCUGCAUUGGAGUUGAUUCAGGGGCUGCGAAGGCUACUCGAGCAUCGACCAGAGAUCGGUCUCUGGAUUCGGGAAAUACGGUUUUCCAUCGAUGACGAGGUCGAUGAUUUGCUUAUGGGGCAUACAAGCGUUCAUCCAGACUUCGUGGCGAUGCUUUCAAAGAUGCCAGCCCUUACCGCCUUCAAGUUCGACGGGUAUAUGGUGGGCGCUUCAUGGGGUGCCCUGCACCCUAGCAUUCGGGACGCAUUGCGAGAGGUAUGCCAGCUAGAUACCAUUCAAGAGCUCCGCGCUGCAACGCGGAUCAUCCCCAUGGAUGUGCUCAUGUCUUCACCUGCGCUCCGUAACCUCCAACUCUUCGCCACAUCCACUGCCUUCGAAGAGGACGACAGUCUUGAAGACGCUCCCUUGAAUCCAUCAGAAGAGAACUCGGCAUCUGCAGCAGAUGUGUCGCUUCGAGUUGGUCGCCUGCCUGGGAUUCAAUCGCUCGUUUGCACCGACUCGGAACGUCUAGAAAGUCACCUUCCGCACCUCUGCGCCAAGUACUCGCCCGCUUUUCAAGACCUGCGAAGCCUCCUGCUCGUUAGCAAUAUUCCCACUUCUCCAUUGGUACUAGACCUUGUUCAAAAAUUCCUUCGUCUGACUGGAAGCAACCUCCAAGAACUUCAAAUCCAAAUAGAAUACGGCUUUAGCUUCAUUCGCCCUCUGGACCUUACACCGCUGACACAACUUCGGAGGAUCAAGCUGCGUUCCAAACGCGAGGGGGGCGUGUAUGCUAACGACCCGCCCAAGUCUGACGACGAGACAUUCGUUCAGAUGCUCGUUCAGACCCUCAAGACACUCGAAGGUGCUCUUCACAUCGAAGAGAUUGACAUUUGGGUUGUUUGGGAACACUACCAAGAUUCGCAUAACGCUGAAGAUGGGCAUGGACGUCAUCCAGAUAUCCUUCGCCGCUUGGAUUCAAGUCUGGGGUGCUUUGCGGAUAGAGCGCGGUAUCCUUCUUUGCAGAGCGUGGUGAUUCGCAUGCUCUGCGUAUGCAUGAAUCUUUCCGGGGAACCCUGGGAGGAGGUAGACGAGCCGGGUGAUUUGCCUCGGAAAGACUUGCUCCCUACGCUGCACUCUGACGACCGUUUCCGGCUCGAUGUAUUCAACGAAGUGGAGGUCGAUGAAUGGGACGAAUUUGACCUAGCUUGA